CACCUUUAGUGAGCUAUAAAAAUAACAAAGGUGGAAUAUAAAUGAACAAACAAAUGAACAAACAUUGUAUUAGCUGCCUCUGUACCGUUUGUUUGCCCAGUGAAUUCCCGCUCCAAAAUCUGGUUGCCUUAUAUUCCUAGGCUGCAACUCUGAUUUCUCAAGAACAAGCAGGCAUUCACUCACUCACAAUCAGCAAUUAUCAGCAACUCUCAGGACACGUGUCUUGUAACAGCAACUGUUGAUGAGCCCAAUAGCUGAGUGUGCAAUUCCUCAGAAUCCUUGGCUGUCUAGACAUUCUCUACUCUUCCCUGCCCAUUCCUGCUGAUGAAUUGUGUUGCAAGUCUCCUUUGAGCUCUUCUGUUUGCUUAACCAGUGAGGACAAGCACACAAGAGUUGGAAGGGAGAACUGCAUGUACUUUGUGGAUUCAUCUGCAUCCUCAGAGACGGUCCACAGUCUUCAGGGACAUUUUGAAACGUGGCGGCUCUGCAGUGGAUGCUGCUAUUGCAGCCUUGAUCUGCACAUCAGUCCUGAAUCCACAGAGCAUGGGCCUGGGUGGAGGCAUUAUUUUCACCAUCUACGAUGCACCCACAGGGAAAAUUGAGGUGCUCAAUGCUCGUGAAAGGGCUCCCCAAAACAUCACUGAAGGUUUGCUGAAAAGGUGUACAGGCACUUUGCUUCCAGGGUCUCAAUGGAUCGCUAUUCCUGGGGAGCUUCGUGGUUAUGAAGAAGCUCACCUACGCUAUGGCAAAUUGCCAUGGAAGGACCUUUUUGAACCCACCAUUGAGAUGCUUGGCCUUGGAAUCCAGAUACCAGAGGUUUUGAGCCAGUUUCUGAAAUUCCUGGAGUCGCCUUUGAAGAACUCGUCCUUAUGCCAACUGCUUUGCAAUGACCGAGGAGCUGUCCUGAGCCACGGAGAGGACUUACGCUGGGCAGCCCUAGAGAAGACCCUCAGAGCUGUGGCAAAAAACGGGGCCGAAGAAUUCUACACUGGGAAGACGGCAGAAAAGUUAGUGCAAGAUGUCAGAGCUGAAGGUGGCACUUUGACAAUGGAGGAUCUCAAGAAUUACCAUGUUGAACUGGUGAAACCCUUGAAUAUGUCAUUGGACAAAUAUACCAUAUUCUCAGCCCCGAGGCCAGCAGCCGGAGCAGUCCUUUUCUUCAUUCUCAAUGUCCUAAAAGGGUUCAAUUUCACCAAAGUGGUUCUGGAAGAACCAAAGGGAAAAGCAAGGGCCUAUCACUACAUCGCAGAGACCUUGAAGUUUGCCAAUGGCCAAAGAGCAAAAUUAGAUGACCCCAAUUUUUCUAAAAUAAAUGAGGAGGUUCUCCACGAGAUGAUGUCAGAUGCCUUUGCUGACCACAUCAGGCAGUUGAUCGACGGCCGGGGCGACCACCCAGCCAGCCACUAUGACCCUGCCCAGCUGAGAAUGGCCCCUUUUGGCACCUCCCACGUGGCUGUUUUGGCAGAAGAUGGGAGUGCUGUGUCAGCCACCAGCACCAUCAACCACCCGUUUGGCUCAAUGGUCUAUUCGCAGCAAACUGGGAUCAUCUUAAACAAUGAGCUGGCUGAUUUUUGCAUGAAACGGUCUAGUGAAAACAUUUCUCCAGGAGAGAUGCCUCCCUCCUCCAUGACACCAUCCAUUCUUCUUUCUAAAAAUGGGAAGUCCAAGCUAAUAGUAGGUGGCUCAGGUGGGCCCCUCAUUAUCCCUGCUGUAGCCCAGGCCAUCGUCAAUAAGUUAUGGUUUGGGUAUGAUCUGGAUCAAGCCAUCAGAGCGCCCAUCCUCUAUGCCACUGGUGGUGGCUCCGUUCUAGUGGAGAAGCAGUUUCCACAGAACCUCACGACCGCUUUGAUCACCCUGGGGCACUCAGUCCACACUGCAACACAUGCCCUGAAUGUGGUGCAGGGCAUCUCCCAGGAGGGCGCCUGCAUCUUCCCUUAUUCUGACUGGAGGAAGCGAGGAGAAGCCUCCGGCUACUAGAAGCAGGGAGAAGCGUGGCUAAACUCUGAAGCAACUGUUCUCCUUCUCUGCCGGUUUUGCCAUCAGCCUUUGGAUGCAUUCCUGUGCAAACCACACACACUCACUCACACAAACACACACACAGCCCAAACUGUGUUCUACAUUUCUCCUCUGUCCGACCUAACUCCUGCUGAAAGUUGCCCUGCAACUGGACCUUAUAUCCACACACACACACACACACACACACACACACACACACACACACACACACGAACGAGACGGUCGAAGCUGAGCCACACGUCCGUCUCCUGCGAGUCUAGAGGUUGAGGGAAAGGGGGGCAGGGCUGAAGUAGUCUCUUCUCUGUCCUGAGAUAUAAUGUCCUCCUGGAACCACGGAGUGUCUGUGGCUGAUGGAAGCCGAGGAUGCCCAGUGAGAAAGACUGAGACUGGCAUAGGUGGGAAA